UCCCAUGGCCACAUACAACUAGCAAAACAACUAAGCAAGCCAAGCCGUAGUAGUAAGAGCAAGUAGCCAGGAGCCCAAGCAAGCAAGCAGCCAUGUCCAUCGUCAAGCGUGCUUUGGGCUUCGGCGGCGGCUACGGCCAGAGCAAGCCCGUGAUAAGCUACCACACCCACAACUCCGACUCGGUGACCACCGUCAUGACGGAGAUCAGCCACAUGAGCCUCAACGAGAAGCAGGCCGGGUACAACGGCGGCGUGCAGAAGACGGCCUCCCUCACGGAGCUGUGCUCUGAGGAUGCCGACGUGCAGAAGCACGGCUACGGGCAGCAGGCGUACGGGGGCGACGUCGGAGGCUUCGACGCCGUCGUCCGUGACAACGCCGGGCAGAAGCACGGCGGCUAUGGUGAGCAGAAGGCGUCGUCGUACCAGCAUGAGAGCGCUGCCGGAGGGUAUGGCGCUCACCACCACGAAAGCUCCGUGCAGAAGCACGGCGCCUAUGGCGGACAAAAGGCGGCGGCGUACCAGCAUGGAGGCUAUGACGCCGUCAGCCACGACAGCACGACGCAGAAGCAUGGCUACGGUGAGCAGAAGGCUUACCAGAAUGGGGCCGAGGCCCACCAUGACAGCUCGGCGCAGAAGCAUGGCUACGGCGAGCAGAAGGCGUACGGUGGUCACCACCAGGACAGCAAGGUCCAGAAGAGCGGCUACGGCGGCGAGCACACGGCGUAUCACCAGGACGGCAAGGUCCAGAAGCAUGGCUACGGCGAGAAGGCGCACGGCUACGGCGAGCAGAAGGCUUACGACAGCAAGGUCCAGAAGCACGGCUACGGCGAGCAGAACGCGUACGACAGCAAGGUCCAGAAGCAUGGCUAUGGCGAGAAGGCGCACGGCUAUGGCGAGCAGAAGGCGUACGAGCAUGGGAGCGCCGCCGCCGCCCUCCACCACGACAGCUACGGCGCCAUGAAGAAGCACGGCUAUGGCGGCGAGCAGAAGGCGUACGGCGCUGCAGCGGGAGGGUACGACGCCGUCCACCACGACAGCUCAGUGCAGAACUACGGCUACGGCGAGCAGAAGGCGCCGUACCAGCACGGGAGCGACGCCGGAGGGUACGGCCGUGCCCACCACGGCAGCGAGACGCAGAAGCACGGCUACGGCGGUGGGCAGAAGGCUUACGGGCACGGCGCUGAUGCCGGAGGGUACGACGCUGCUUUCCACCACGGUGGCGCGAAGCAGACGAAGCACGGCUACGGCGGCGGGCAGAUGGCCGGAGGGUACGACUCUGCUUUCCACCACGGUGGCGCGAAGCAGACGAAGCACGGCUACGGCGGCGGGCAGAUGGCCGGAGGGUACGACUCUGCUUUCCAGCACGGCGCCUAUGGCGGGCAGAAGGCGUCGUACGACGCGCUCGCCCAGAAGAAGCACGGGUACGGGCAAAAUGCGUACCAGCAGCAAGGGUGCGACGGCGGCGACGUCGCAGGGUAUGACGCUCUUGUCCAACGCCGGCAGAUGCAGAAGCAGCUGCAAUACAACCAGUUCGGGUGGGAGAGCGACGAAGAGAGCGACUGCGAAGACGAGGUGCUGGGCGGCGGAUACGGCGGCAGCACCGUGCCCGGCGCCACACAGUACUACUCCGCGUACGAGCGCCGCCAGCGGCUCGGCGGCGGGAGCCACUACGAGGCGGCGUACCAGAGCUCCACCACCCAGGGGUGCUCCGGCGGCGGCUACGGCGGCGGGUGGGCGCAGCCCAUGAAGCACAGCUACUACUGAGCUCCUGCGUCCUGCCCACAAGCGACGACUACCGGCGUGAUACAAUCCUACCUGCAGUGAUACUUAUCUUCCACAUGCUCCUGCAUGUGUAGUAUGCCAGUAUUUGGUGGACCUUUGCAUUGCAAAAGUGUCUAAAUAAGAUGUACUUCUAACUCAUAUUCUGAAUCCACCGUAAGUGGCAUCGGUACAAUAAUA